AUGGUUUCUGUGGAUAAUUUGUCAGAUGGAGACCAGUAUUAUUUACUGGAGGAAUACGAUUCCUCCUCAUUUGGAGUCGUUCCAUCUGAAAGAAUAUCUACAAAAGCAGUUUUGUCAUCGAUGAUAUCGGAAAAUUGCGAAGUUGGACAGGACGAUAAUUACGAAACGGAAACCUCUACGUCUGUUGUGUGUGAUGUCGCUGAACAUCAGGAGGACACGCCUGCCCAUUACCUUGAGGCGCUUAGUAGUGAGUGCUCUUUCUGUGGAGCUCUAUUUUUUCGCACCGAGAAUAUGAUUUGCUGCAAAAGAGGCGCAGUGAGCCUUCCGGUGAGUGCCGCUUAUCCGGACCUGCUGAAGGCUUUGAUCAUGAACAACCACCCUCAAUCGAAGAACUUCAUACAACAUAUAAGAAGUUACAACACGCUGCUCGCCCUUGGCUCCACGACAAUCGUUCAAAGAGAAGGUUUGGCGAGAGGAGCCCCUGUUGUUGUGGUCUCAGGACAGAUAUACCACCGAGUAGGCGAUGUUUGUCCAUCCGAUCCAGCAUUUGGAUCGCUGUAUUUCGUGGAUUCAGGAGAAGCCACGAAGAAGAGGGCAUCAAAAGGAGUUGGAGACGGUUGCAACCCCCGAUUAUUAGGGCAAAUAGAUGCUCUGCUGAGGGAAACUCACCCAUACGCCCAAAUGUACUCUACCCUAGGUCAAGUGGUUCGUGACACACGACGAACCAGUGGUAACGAUUCCGUUCCGCAACUUGGCCUAUAUUUCCACCAACAACCAGGAACCAACAGGAAGGUCUACGCGGCACCUUCCACUUCCACCGAAAUCGGCGCUAUUUUUCGUACAGUCGACGGGGAUAUACCUCCACCAGGCACAGUUCGUGUGAAUUUAAUAAGUACAAGUAAUAGUUUCCAAAUUAAGGAUAUCCCAAAAUUGUCUCCAAUUGUUGAUGCUCUCUGUUAUCCAUUACUUUUCCCUAACGGAGAAUUGGGAUGGUCGACUGGGUUGCAGAAAACAAUUGGAAAUAAACGGAUUUCAAAAUUAGAAUUCGAGUGCUACCGUCUGAUGAUUCGUGCAAAUCAUUUUAACCCGAUCCUUCUUUCUGGGCGCUUGGCUCAACAGUUCAUCGUUGACAAAUACGUUGAGUUAGAAGGUUUCCGAUUAAAUUUUUUGCGAACACAUCAGAAGGAAUUACGCGUCGAGAGCUACGUCGGGCUCCAAGAUUAUAUUGCGCGAAGAACGGUAGUGGAACCAGACGGUGGUGAAAGAAUAGGUAGAGUUACUAUCCUACCGAGUUCGUUCAUCGGAGGGGCACGUUUCAUGCAGCAAAAUUAUCAAGAUGCAAUGGCCAUUGUAGCAAAAUAUGGCAGACCCUCCCUUUUCGUCACUUUCACCUGUAACCCCAACUGGCGUGAGAUCACUGAAAAUAUGGGAAGUAAACUGUUGAAUCCUCAGGAUAGACCGGAACUAAUCGCGCGAGUGUUCGAUUUAAAAAGGAGGGCAUUUUUCGAGGAUAUAUUGAAAUUCAAAAUUUUCGGUGAUGUGAUCGCUUACGUUUACGUUAUAGAAUUUCAAAAACGCGGUCUUCCUCAUAUGCACUGCCUUCUGACUUUGGCAGAUGAAUAUAAACUGCGAAAUUCUGAGGAUGUAGACAAGCUGAUUUGCGCCGAGCUACCAGCCGAAAAAACCCGGCUUUUUGAUAUUAUAAUGUCCACCAUGAUUCACGGACCCUGUGGUGAUCGCGCACCGGAUUCUCCAUGUAUGGUCGACGGACAGUGCACCAAGCAUUAUCCCAAAGAGUUUUCGGAAAUUACCAAAAUUAAUUGUGCGUUGCCCGUAUAUAGGCGAAGAAAUGACGGUCGCACCGCGAUAUUCAAAAGAAACAAAGGAAUGUGUGUGAUAGAUAACAGAGACGUAGUUCCGUAUAAUCCAUAUUUAUCCAUGAAAUAUCAAUCUCAUAUAAACGUGGAAGUGAUAACUUCAGUAGGAGCUAUCAAAUAUGUUUUCAAAUACAUAAAUAAAGGUCCUGAUGCUGCCGUUCUUCAGUUGCGAAAUGAGGUCGUUUGGGACGAAAUCCAAGCAUUCAUUGAUUCCCGCUACAUCUCUUCCGGUGAAUCAGCUUGGAGAUUGUUGUCUUUCCAUAUUCAAGACAAAAGUCAUACAAUCUAUAGGUUACCCGUCCAUUUGCCUGGAGAACGUGAGGUAUAUUUUGAAGAAGGGGAAGAGAUGACAGCGUUACAACGUUCAAAACUCAGUCGUUUGGAGGCGUAUUUCGAACUUAAUGUGAACGAUCCUAGCGCACGUGAAUGGAAGUAUUGUGAAAUACCUCUCCUUUAUUCUUUUAAUGCCACCCAACAUCGCUGGGUUAGACGUUUGAGAAAACGAUCUGUAAUACCUAGGAUGUACACUAUAAGUCCGAAGUACAUAGAAAAGUUUAAUUUGCGUAUUUUGCUCCUUCACGUUCCAGGAGCAAAAUCUUUUAAUGAUUUAAAAUUCUUCGGCGGCACAUUAUAUUCUACGUUUAAAGAAGCGGUACUGGCCAGAAAUCUGAUAGCGUCAGAUUCGGAGUGGUUCAGAACUCUGGAACACGCAGCCCUGGUAGAAAUGCCCGGGUGUAUGCGGAAAUUAUUCGCGUACAUGCUGUGUUUCUGUGAGAUCGGCGAACCACUGUCACUUUGGAAUGAGUUCAAGCGAUUCAUGAUAGAGGAUUAUGUGAGGAAAGGUAUCUCAGAAUGCCAAUCUGAAGAUUGCGCUCUGCGUAGAAUCGAGAAGACAUUACGUUUUCUGGGAAAAACUCUCAGAGACUUUAAUCUGCCGGAGCCGACCUCAAGUUCGGGAGUCAACGUUACCAACACCAACGACGACGAUGAGACUUCGAGAACGGAGUCGUCAGAUUCAAGUCUUGGGAGUUUGAACCAGGAACAACGCAAUGUGUUCAACAAAAUCAUUUCUGCGGUCGAGUCAGCGGCGUUAGGUGUAGAUAGAUAUUUCUAUCUCCAAGGCAGUGGUGGUACGGGAAAGACUCAUCUGUACAACACGUUGCUGGAAUAUUGCGAGGAACGGCAUAUACCAACUCUUGCCGUAGCCUUCACUGGGAUAGCUGCGUUAUUGCUCAGAAACGGAAGAACGGUCCAUUCGACGUUCAGGAGGCUGACCACUUGA